CCCCCCACCCUCGCCAGCCUUCCUUCUGAGAAGCAGUCAGUCAACCGGCUGUUGCAUUUUUUUUUUUCGAUUAUCGAUUGGUCUUGUCUGGACCGUGAAGUCGCGGGAGAGUUUGGACAAAAAUGGUGGAUAAAUAAAAUAAGAGUUCACUAAGGCCGUUUAAAAAAGUAUCAAUUUACGGUCUGCUUAACAGGGUGGCGCUCCCAUAGACACCAAUUGAUUGAACCAGAAAAAACAGCGACUGGAUUGGAAUCCUUCCUGCCCCCCUCAAAAAAACGUGACUAGCUAGCAUAUGGACGCCGAUAAAUACAGAAACAACUGGCUUUGAAUGGUUUUUAUUUGAAAACCUCUCGCUAACUGUCAAAGGUGACCGUUAGGAUCGCGUGACAAGAAUGGAGGAUAAUUUGGAGCGCGUGCUCCAUUGCGAUGACAAGGAGGAGUUGAGGCGGAAACUGGCCCUGCUACAGAGGGAGUACUCCAGGACAGUUCAGAGAUUACAGCGAGCUGAGCGUUCAGAUGCCGUGCGGAAGCAUGUGAGGAGUCGGAUCUCUGAGCAGAACCUCCAGGACCAGACAGACCCAGUCCCAGCCAGCACCUUUCCCAACCCAGCUCUACCUCCCCUCUCCCUUGGUAGCCCUGCUAGGACAGCCCCAGGUUCGGCCUCACCACCAGGCCCCGCCGGAGACUCGACUGUGGCGGCAUCGUGUCCGGUGGAAUCUGAGAACCCCAGGCGGAGGAGUCCGUCCAUCCGCUUCCUCCUCCCCGUCGAUGACUCUUGCCCUCGGACACCUGACCUUAACCCUCUCAGACGAAGCCACUCCCUCCGGCUGAGGUCACGGAGAAGCCGGCUGCGCUGGGAGCGGACGGGGAGGGUCCAGGGCGGCGAGGGGGCAGGGGGGAGGUACGACACGGAGACCAGCGAGGAUGGGCUGGAGCUGGAAGCACAAACAGAGAAAGAAGAGGACGGAGAGAAGAGAAAUAUGGAGGAAGAGAAGGAGGGUGUGAAGAAAGAGCUGGAGAGGGAGGAGAAUGAGAGGGAAAUUCCAGAUAAAGAGGCAAUGAAACAGAGCGAUGGAGAGGAGAGAGAAGAACAGAGGACAUAUGGACAGAAGGAGAUCGGUUCACCCCUUCCUUCUCUGAGGAGAGAUGGAGAGAAUGAGAGAGAAGAGGGAAGUGAUUCAGUAGCUACGGGAGUCUCUGUGUUAGGGGCUGUUGGGUUGUGUAACACUGGGGGAGUCCUGGACUCGUGCACUCUGGUGGAAGGUCUGCCGUUCCCCGUAGAAUACUACAUCAGAACCACAAGACGCAUGGCCUCUUCACAGAGCCACAGAGACCUGCAGGCUGUCAUUCUGAACCAACUCAACAGGGGGCGCCACAGAAGGAGCAGGGGCCGGAUGUCUAACACUUCACAGUCCGACUCACUAGCACAACCCUCCAAUCACCGCCCAUGCUCAAGUCAACUGACCUCAAACUCACCGAACAAUCGCACACCGGUUGAGGAGCCAUCAGCCAAUCAGAUGCUUACCGCUGAGUCAGGGACCAAUCAGAGUGAGAGUUUACCCUCCAGGCCGAACACUGCAGGCUCUAUCAGAGACCAGAGGAGGAGAGGAAGGAGGCCGAGACUGAGCCGCUCUCUAAGUUUGGACUCAGAUCCCCCAGCACCAGUCCCAGACAACACCCAGACCCCGGCCGCUAUUAGCCCAGCCUCACAGCCUCUCCCUGGGGGUGGAUGUCCGGAGCGCUGGACUCUCUCUGGAGGUGUGGAGGAAAGGCUUUAUCCCAUCUUCAGAAGGAGCUGUGUCUCUCCCCUCAUUCACACAUCAAAGCAGAGCAAAGAGAGUGUGCGGUCUCUCCUCCUGCCCUCCUCCCUCUCCCCUGGAGGACCAGCAGUGCACCCUGGGAGUCUGGGCCGCGUCAUCUCAACCUUUGACCUCCAGGAUUUCCAUCUCCCCGAUGAUCAGUUCGGACAGCUAAAGCUCCAGAAGCUUCGCGCCUCAUUUGCCGUUGCCGUCCCAGAACCCUUCUCACCUUACAACAUGCGUCGUCGCCGCAACAGAGGCUCGGUCCACGGCGACACAGGCGGUCAGACGUCUAAAGCGCCGACGCCUGAGCCCCUCCCUCUCAGCCGCACCCCUCCUGUCACAGACUGCGUCACUCCGGUAGAACAGUCUGUAGACAGAUAUAUAGGCCAGCAGUCUACAGACGCACUAGACCAUUCUACAGACCUCCAUUCGGAGUACCAUUCAGUUUGCCCGUUUACAGACCACCUUGUAGACCAGCCUACUGGCCAUCAGUCUACAGACCAACCCGUAGACCAGCCUACUGGCCAUCAGUCUACAGACCACCCUUUAGACCAGCCUACUGGCCAUCAGUCUACAGACCACCCUGUAGACCAGCCUACUGGCCAUCAGUCUACAGACCACCCUGUAGACCAGCCUACUGGCCAUCAGUCUACAGACCACCCUGUAGACCAGCCUACUGGCCAUCAGUCUACAGACCAACCCGUAGACCAGCCUACUGGCCAUCAGUCUACAGACCAGCCUACUGGCCAUCAGUCUACAGACCAGCCUACUGGCCAUCAGUCUACAGACCACCUUGUAGACCAGCCUACUGGCCAUCAGUCUGUAGACCAAUCUGUAGACCUGCUUAUUGGCCAUCAGCUUACCGUUUUAGUAGGCCAGUCUAUAGACUUUCCUUCAGUAGACCAGCAGACAGGCCUACUCACUACUGAGUGCCCUUCCCUUCAAACUGAAACCGAGACAGAGUGCCCUCCCGAGUGUCCAUCCUUCCACACAAAGACUAAGUGCCUUUCUCCGUGCCCUACGGAGUUCUCUGUCGAGUGCCUUACCAAAUGUCCUUUCGUGUGCACUACUGAGUGCCCUUCCCUCCGGACGGAGACAGAUGCAGAGUGUGCUGUCCCCCCCAGCCCUUCCCUGCUCCUCCUUAGCCCCUCCCUAACCAGCCGCACCCCUCACGGACACACCCUCUCCCUUUCCCUCUCCUCCAUUCCCCCCUUACCUUCCUUAGGGAUGACGCCUAGCCCCUUGACCCCUAACCCCAACAUACCCCUCUCCCUCCCUGACAGCCCCCCAUUACCUUCUUUAGAGGCGGUGACUCUCCCCCUCUCCUGCCCUCCCUGCCCCCCCUCUCUGACCCUCCCCCUCUCCUGCCCCCCACUCUGA